AAGAGAAUGCUGCCCAGCUGACGUGCCGUAUAACUAAAUUGUGUCUCCAAAGUUGGCAGCAUAUAAAAAAUGAAUUAGGAAUUGCAAGUGGCCUGACAGCUACAAUAUUCAGAUUAAGUAUGCAGAUUCCAGAGUAGGUACAGCGCGAGUUUGUUCACUCAUGUUUCCACUUCACUGUAACGCAGACAAACCGCCCAAAAAUUACGUGCCCACAGUUUUGAAACAAGUGUUGGAAUUUUUUUCAUUAUAUUAUUGCUAUUGGUAUGCCAAACAUUUUUUUAACUUAUGCUGACAACACAAAUGGAAUACUUAAAAAGAGUGCAUACAAUUGAUACAAUUGAUUACUCUUAUCGUGCUCUGAAGCUAUACUUAAACCGCCUUGUCGUUUUUCUAUGGAUGACAUUAAAUAUAAUAAAAGCUUGUUGAAUAAUGUGAUUAGCUAAUGAUCUUAGCUAAUAGCGUAUGUAUAGUGUAUGUACAUUUGAGUAAACUCACAUCAGGAAAUUGGGGAUACAUGGUCCUACACAGGCCUUAUCUAAUGCAGGAGAAGCAGUUUUCACUUCUAACAGAAUGAUACGUGGAACAAGGAAGAUUUGGGAUAAUCUUAUAUAUCAAACAUCAAAACAGAUGCAAAAUACAUAUAUUUUUUAAUUUAUAUUUUUCGAUAAUAUAUUAUAUUCACAUAUUUAUCUUGUUUAACAUAUUUCACCACGGGAAUGGGUUCCCUUGGUGUGUUAUCCUCUCUUUGAUUUGCGCAUGCUCUGUGAAUUUUAUGGAACUGGAAUUAUACAAUACAAAAUAACCAUUUUUCAUUCAGUGCGUACUAAAUUAGAGGCGUUUUAAGUGACUAAUAAAAGAAAUUGGAAUAAUUUAAAAUACUGCAAUUUUGCAUACUUACCUUUAAUAAAAUGUGGCACUACUGUGGGGCACCAAUGCUACCUUAGAAAGAAAUAUAUGUGUAUAAAUAAAGCAAAAUAAAGUGACCUAUCAACUAAAAAGUUUUAACUGCUACUUUUGACUGUUUGGUGAUGCUCGGCCGACGCUACAAUGUCACAGCAUGACUGCAUGACUUUUAAGGAUUAUCACGUAGAAGAUAAAGUUUUCAGAUAGCAGUGCGGGAUAAUAACACCGUAAAACAUGACGCACUACGCAAGGCAUGAUUACUUUCAUAACACCCAAAACGGUGCCUUAUCCUCCGACAACAGCCGAAUAUCUUACAGUCAAAUUUCUUACGACACACAGACGACUAGCAGAGAAUAUUUCAGUGAGUCAUAUGCUUUAAGCAAUCAAGGACCAGAAGAAUACAGUCGUGUGAGCCACCUAAACAGUGAUACAGUACCAACAACCGUAGACAACAGCAACAAUAGUUAUGACUACGACUAUUUAGAAUGUUAUGGAGCUGAUAUUCAGUGUGAUCCGGAAGAGGAUUCUGUUGACAAUUGGAACGAAAACACUUCAGUUGUUGCAGAUCAAUAUGGGUUAAAACAUAAUAAUCUAAAUUGUACCUCAUCGAAAUUAUUGCCUAAGCUGCCAAACAUUAAAAAUGGAAGGGGUUCUUCAAACGAAUGCGCCCCUCAAAUGGAUGUAAAGUUUAAAACAAAAGGUAUGUGCAUAAAAAUAGACCACAGCUAUGGUGUCUGCAUGGCCAAAGCACACGACUUCGUCGGUCAUCUUUCGCCUAGUGACUACCAGAAUAUCCUUGGCGAUCAUCUCAAUGGAUAUGCUGGUUGUGCCUACUCGCCGACAUUUCUAGACAAUGCUGUGUCAGCGGCACCAUUGCGGGUUUUACCGCAAUCCCUGCGGUCUACCUUUUAUUUAGGUCAAAAUAUAAUUGGAUUUAAUGCAGACGCGGAUCAGAGGGAUGGACGCGGCUUCAGCACAGAUCAAACAGAUGCGAUGGGUUCUGGAUCUAGUACAUAUGAGGUUUAUGAAAAAAUGCAAAGGCCAUACACAUCCAUGUUGCCGUUAGAUUACAGUAAUUACCAAGAAUGUUGUUACAAUACCGACAAUCUUUCAACAUACAGCGACACACCGCCGAGCAAUAAUACACAACUAAAGAGGCAAAUGCAGAGGAAAAUUUCGUUAAUGAUGGCGAUGACUACAGCUUCUGUGAUAGCAUCUGGUGAGAUUAGAAUCCCAGUUCACUCAAAGCAAUCUAAGAAAUCUACUGAAAUCCAAACAGACUCUAUAAUAGGAAACACCGUCAGUACCAAUGCCGCUGCAAGAGACUUAGACAGAUGUUUGGCGACGGAACCUUGUGGAGUAAUUGUCAAUACAGGUGACUCUGGUAGCGUCACAAGUUUCCCAUCACCUGCUGUGACCGCAAUAACAAAGACUAGAAAAUUGCCAAAGGUUUUACCAUCGCCACUGUAUAAAUCAUCUCGUCAUCCAAUCACCAUAGCCACCGAUGCAUUAAGUUCAUCAUAUACUUCAGAUCCCUUACCAGAGAAGAGUCAUCGCCCAAAGCAACUACCUAGGCUGCCAAUAUCAUUAUCUGAGUCCAAUGAUCAUACAAGUCUCAAUUCGAAUUGGGCGACCCUUCCUGCCACAGAUGCAUUACCAUUUGAUUCGUUGGACCAUAAAUCGGCAUCUUCUCCAACGCCACCAACAGCAAUAACAAAAGAUACAGAAACCAACUCAUAUCUGGUUAGAACAGAUUUUAUUGGAGCCAGACAUAAUGCCCUUUAUGUGUAUGAUAGUAAAGAACCAAAUAUAGUAUUUUCGGACAAGUCUGUCGGAGCAGACCCCUCGCCAAAAUGGACCCCAUUAUCGCCAAUACAAUCAAAACAAAGUCCCUGUCCGCCUGUGGCGCUUCCAAGCUUACCUGAAAUCGAUCCAGCCCGAUCCGAUAUUGAACGAGAACCAGAUGACUCUUUUAUCGAAACGAUUCCAGAAAGUGAAAACUUAGCCGAUCCAUAUAGCGGGCCCGAAUCAGCCUUAUUUAACAUAUCUGAGUAUCUGAAGCCUUAUACAUUAAAUAAACCUAUUUUGUCCGGAGAAAAAAAAAGCCAUAUCACCAAUGCUGCCAGUACAACGCCAUUGAAUAUAACAUCAGAUGACGAAUUCGCAUCAUAUUCUAAAAAUUGGACGAGUACUUGCGUUAAUUUUCAACCAUUAAGCGUUGAAUCAAGUUUAAAUAUUUUACUUAAUGUCAACGCUGGCGCGGAUCAGUCUGAAUUAUUAAUGACACCAUUAAAAUGUUCCACUCCUCCUCUUUUCAUUUGUUCUAAUGGCACAUCCGAUAAUUUAAAUUUUAGGAAAAGCUCUCCUCCCGACAGCGCGUUCACCAGUACUGUUAACGUCAACAAUUUUGAAACGGUGCCAGUAUCUGAGAGACAAACUGCUUCACCGUCGCCGUCUAACUUAAAGUCACCACCAUCAAUAGCUCCAAUAUUAUCCUACGCGGAUUAUAUGAAACAAUUUGAGUUACCAGAAUUGCCGCAACUCAUUAUGGAUAUUUCUGAAAAUGUUACUGUUACUCAAAGCGAUUCCUUUAAUGUAAUCAAUAAUACUCUUACCAACGCUGACAAUUUAAAUUCCUACAACCAGAUGGAUGUAGCAAGUAAAAGUAGUCUACCGUUACCUUCUUAUUCCAGUGAAUCAUUUGAUCCAUGUAGUGUGCCUAGUAUUUCAAUUGAGAACAAGGAAUAUCAAAGGGUCGAAAAGCUGGACAGUCUAUCAAAUGUUGAAACCGUAGAUUCACCAAAAACCUUAGUAAGUUCAGAAAACCCAUUGAACUGCUCAAAAUUAUUGCCAGGGACGGAAUCAAUAGUUAGUAAUGAUGUAGCGUUCGAUGAUACAUUUUACGACAGCUUUAAUGUUGACAUAAAAGAACUGACGGCAUUUGUUGACCAUGUUGCCCCAGAAGACGGUUUAUACAAUUUCCCAAGCGAUAACACUUUAAUUGAAGUCAGUUUUAAUAAGACCGUAGAUACAAUAGACAUGAAUCAGAAUUUGAGCUCAGGAGAAUGCGGUUAUUAUAAGCCAUCUCAGGCACAACAAAAAGCAAGUGUAGUGGCAUCAGCAGCAAGUAGUGUUCUGGACGGAAUUUCAAAGGGCUUAAAAGAAGGGCUAGACGGCGUUUUUAGUGGUGUCAGUUCAACAGUUGAAGUCAGUCAAACAAAUCCCAGUUCAAAAAGAGGUUUUAGCUUUAACUUAGCAUCAAAGAUUGUACCAAGUGUCGGUGGAUUGCUAACUAGUACAAGUUCAACCUCUACCAAACAAACAGGAUCAGAAACGAACCCUACCUUAAUAUUGAUUUCACCUGAAAAUGUUUCUAGUGAUAACAGUAAUUAUAUACCUACGACAUCUCCAUCUUGUACUCAAAAAAAAGGACAGGAAAAUUUAUAUUCGGCUACAGUCCACAACAAGUCAACGAAAUCGAAUUCAUACUAUGAUGAAAUGGGAGAAAAUAGUUCGAUUUUAGUCAGAAAUGUUUGUGACAAUUACGAUAAUAGCAUUGAUGAGAUGAUUUUAACCGACGAAAUUGUGAAUAUAGGGAUGCUCUACAGUGAAUCUGAGUUUGGGUUAAUAGAAAAUUCUUAUUCGUGUCAGGUAACAAGCAAUGAGCAAAUCGACAGUGUUAACUCGUAUAAUAAGACCCAAAAGGUACCAAAUAAUGGCAUAGAAAAGGCAAAUACAAAAAAUAAAACAGUGCCUUUUCAUGACCCUGCGACGAAAAAAGCAAGUACUGUUGGCAUGUUUGGAUCAAUUUUUGGAAAAGCCGCUGCAGCCGUGCAAUCAGCAACGCAAGCAGUCAAUCAAAGUGCGUCGUCUGUGGCAUCGGUCGUUGCACAAAAGCCAACAAUCGUACCGACAACGAACAACGUCCUUGUGUUGCCUAGUGUAUCCUCACCUAAUGAGAUUAAAAGAAAUUCAAGUUCAGUAGAAUUUGAUUCAGAAUAUGGAUAUCAACUGCCCAAUGUAGAGCCUCUAUCAAGCCAUUACGCAAAUACUGGCGGUGUUUAUGAUAAUAGUAAUAUGAAAAUGCAUGAAUUUAGUACAUAUGCCGAUCAUAGGCCAUACGCAGAUUACCAUACGAAUGGCAAUCAAAGCCAAUAUAAAGAAGACGCGGUGAUUCCUGGGCAACCUCAAGUAAUUGAUUCAAACAUACUCCCGAUUGUUACGCUAGCGACCGGCAAAAAACUUCCUACCCUCAAUGGUAAAUCGGCGUUACUUGUUAAACAGAUGCCGACGGAGGUAUAUGACGAUGAAUCAGAUACAGAUGAAUUAGAUGUCAGUACAUCAACCGGAAAAGUACCUAGCUAUAGCAUUUAUAGUGAGCAGGAAGAUUACUACAUGGAUCUUCAGCAAACGACACCGUCGAUUCAGCCAAACGGUUUUUAUGAACAAGUCAAUAAUGGCUAUGACUACCGAGAGGAUUACUUUAACGAGGAGGAUGAAUAUAAGUAUCUCGAGCAGCAGAGGGAGCAAGAGCAACAUAAUCAGCCGAAAAACAAGAAAUAUCUGAAGCAGGCCAAAAUAUCAAAAAUACAGCCACCAUCAUUAGAUUUCAUUGACGUAGGACAAGACGAUGACUUUAUGUACGACAACUACCACAGCGAUGACGAUAGCGGAAAUUACCUAGAGGGAAGCUCCAGUGGAAGCGUUGGUCCUAUUGAAGGGUCAAAUAUAAAGGUGGACUCGAAUGUAGAAGCUUCGUUUUCUUCGCUCAACAGGAAGAGUGACUUUUUUACACCGAAUAACAAUUCCCAUCAAAAGCUUGACACUGUUAUUGGUGAAUCAACCAAAAAACUUACGCGCCUUAGCACAGAAAAAAUGUGCCCAGGCGUAGACGAAGAAGAUGAAAACUUAAACGAUCACCUUUCCGAUCUUACUGAAUUAAGUAAACUAAUAUCACAAAAAAAAAAAACACUCCUAAGAGGAGAAACUGAAGAAGUCGUAGGUGGACACAUGCAGGUUUUACGCCAAACGGAAAUUACAGCUCGGCAACGAUGGCAUUGGGCGUACAAUAAAAUAAUUAUGCAGCUUAAUAAUGGAGGUGGUCCUGGAGAAGUGGGAUUACGUACGAAUGGUCAUCCCGGUGACAAUCCAUUCUAUAGCAAUAUUGACAGUAUGCCGGACAUAAGGCCUCGAAGAAAAUCCAUUCCUCUUGUGUCUGAGUUGGUUCUCAAGACCAUGGCUGCUACAAAACGAAAUGCUGGACUCACAUCUGCUGUUCCACGUGCAACGCUGAAUGACGAAGAUCUGAAAAUGCACGUGUACAAAAAAGCUCUACAAGCCCUGAUAUACCCUAUAUCCUCAACAACUCCCCAUAAUUUUUUGUUAUGGACUGCCACGUCACCAACGUACUGCUACGAGUGUGAGGGUCUUUUGUGGGGAAUAGCACGACAAGGGGUGCGAUGCACUGAGUGCGGUGUAAAGUGUCAUGAAAAGUGUAAGGACCUGCUGAAUGCGGACUGCCUGCAGCGUGCCGCCGAAAAGAGCUCAAAGCACGGCGCGGAAGACAAGGCUAACUCGAUUAUUACAGCGAUGAAAGAUCGUAUGAAGCAACGUGAACGAGAGAAGCCGGAAAUUUUUGAGUUGAUUAGGAUGACAUUCGGUGUGGAUCCCGAUACACACAUAGAUUCAUUAGAGCAGGCUGAGCACGCAACAGUUGAGGGAACAUCUAAGUGGUCAUGCAAACUAACAAUUACAGUGAUUUGUGCUCAAGGCCUGAUAGCGAAGGAUAAAAGCGGUACCAGUGAUCCAUAUGUGACGGUGCAGGUUAGCAAGGUGAAAAAACGAACGCGAACAAUGCCGCAGGAACUUAACCCUGUGUGGAACGAGAAGUUUCACUUCGAGUGUCACAACUCCUCUGACCGCAUUAAAGUUCGUGUUUGGGACGAAGACAAUGACCUAAAGUCGAAGCUGCGUCAGAAGUUAACUCGAGAGUCGGACGACUUUUUGGGACAAACAAUUAUCGAGGUUCGUACUCUUUCCGGUGAAAUGGAUGUAUGGUACAACCUGGAGAAGCGCACAGAUAAAUCGGCCGUGUCAGGCGCGAUACGGCUUCACAUAUCUGUUGAAAUAAAGGGCGAGGAAAAAGUAGCUCCUUACCAUGUACAAUAUACCUGUUUACACGAGAACCUCUUUCAUUAUCUUUGUGAAGAAAAUACUGGAAUGGUCAAGUUGCCAACUCAAAAAGGGGACGAUGCUUGGAAGUUGUAUUUUGAUGAAAUACCCGAAGAAAUUGUCGACGAGUUUUCUAUGCGUUAUGGAAUUGAGAAUAUUUAUCAAGCUAUGACACAUUUCCACUGCUUAUCUGCUAAAUACCUAUGUCCUGGGGUGCCCGCUGUAAUGAGUACCCUAUUGGCAAACAUAAAUGCUUAUUAUGCUCAUACGACUGCUUCGUCAGCUGUAUCGGCCAGUGAUAGAUUUGCUGCCAGCAAUUUUGGGAAAGAAAAAUUUGUUAAGUUGCUGGACCAGUUGCACAACUCACUGAGGAUCGAUUUGUCAAUGUACAGAAAUAACUUUCCUGCAUCGAGUCCAGAAAAGCUAAUGGAUCUAAAAUCUACAGUCGAUUUAUUGACCAGCAUAACAUUUUUCCGCAUGAAGGUACAAGAGCUAUCCAGCCCGCCGAGAGCAAGUACAGUAGUCAAGGAUUGUGUUAAAGCAUGCCUUAGAUCCACUUAUCAAUUUUUAUUUGAAAAUUGUUAUGAACUCUACAACAGAGAAUUUCAGGUUGAUCCCAACGAAGCAAAACGUGCCCCAGAUGAUCAUGAACCCAAGCUUGAUAGCGUCGACUUUUGGCAUAAGCUAAUAGCUUUAAUCGUAUCGGUAAUAGAUGAAGACAAAAACAGUUACGGAACGGUUUUAAAUCAAUUUCCCCAAGAGCUAAAUAUUGGACAGUUAUCAGCAUCUUCAAUGUGGCAUCUCUUUGCUGUGGACAUGAAGUACGCCCUUGAGGAGCAUGAGCAGCAUCGUCUGUGCAAGUCAUCGGCUUAUAUGAACCUUCAUUUUCGAGUUAAGUGGCUAUAUAGUAACUACGUCAAAGAGGUGCCUCCCUACAAAGGAGCGGUUCCCGAUUACCCAGCAUGGUUCGAGCCUUUUGUGAUGCAGUGGCUGAAUGAAAAUGACGAUGUGUCAUUGGAAUACCUUCAUGGCGCAUUUAAGAGGGAUAAAAAAGACGGGUUUCAAAAGAGCAGCGAGCACGCGCUUUUUUCAAAUUCUGUAGUCGACGUUUUUACGCAAUUGACGCAAUGUUUCGAUGUUGUUAGCAAACUCGAGUGUCCUGAUCCAGAAAUUUGGAAACGUUACAUGAGGCGUUUUGCUAAAACAAUCGUAAAAGUGCUAAUAGCCUAUGCGGAUAUUGUGAAACUUGAGUUUCCAGAGCAUAUGAAGGAUGAAAGAAUUGCUUGCAUACUUAUGAACAACAUUCAGCAACUAAGGGUGCAGCUAGAAAAAAUGUUUGAGUCUAUGGGUGGGGAUAAGCUAGAGGAAGAUGCAGCCAAUAUUUUGAAAGAACUACAGCAAAAUCUUAACUCUGCGUUGGACGACUUAGCUUCACAAUUCGCUAUCAGUUUGGAGCCACGAAUAACUCAAUCAGUGCGAGAACUUGGAGACAUGCUGCUUUCUGUUAAGGGAGGCAGUGGAACCCUUGCUGCUGGUAAUCUUGCAGCUCAAAGGAACGCGGUCGCCGUUGAGGCCGAUGAAGUUUUAAGGCCGCUUAUGGAUUUACUUGAUGGCUCUUUAACUCUCUAUGCGCAAUCAUGUGAAAAAACCGUGCUAAAGAGGUUACUAAAGGAGUUAUGGAAGAUCGUAAUGCGAAUAUUAGAGAAAACAAUUGUUUUACCACCUAUGACUGAUAAAACUAUGAUGUUUAAACACCUUACUGACAAUGCAAAAAACUUGGCAUCCAAUGCAAAAAUUGAAGACAUGGGUCGUUUGUUCAAGUCACAUAUGGCAGGAAAACAGGAUGUUAAGAGUGCUCUGAGCGGGGUAAUGGACAUAUCAAAAGAAGUUGAAAAAAACUUGUCACCCAAGCAAUGCGCAGUGCUUGACGUUGCAUUAGAUACAAUAAAACAAUACUUUCACGCGGGUGGCAAUGGACUGAAAAAGACAUUUCUCGAAAAGUCGCCCGAGCUUCAGAGUUUACGUUACGCACUCAGUUUAUAUACACAAAUGACCGACACACUAAUCAAAACCUUUAUAUCUAGCCAAGUUCACGAAGUCGAUCUAGAAAACUCAGAGGAAAGUGUCGGGGAAAUAUCCGUACAAAUAGACUUAUUUUCCCAUCCAGGCACCGGUGAACAUAAAGUAAACGUGAAAGUUGUUGCGGCUAAUGACCUUAAAUGGCAAAUACCAUCGGGUAUGUUCAGACCAUUUGUUGACAUUAAUUUAAUAGGACCGCACCUGCAAGAAAAAAAAAGAAAGUUCGCUACAAAGUCGAAGUCUAACAACUGGUCGCCUAAAUACAACGAAUCUUUCAGCUUUACCAUUGGAAAUGAGGAGCAGCUGGACUUCUUUGAAUUGCACAUUUGCGUUAAGGACUAUUGUUUUGCUCGUGAUGACCGACUUGUGGGCGUGGCUGUAAUUCCAUUAAAAGAUAUAUCGGAAAAGGGAUCCGUCGCAUGCUGGCUACCCUUAAUGAGACGAAUUGAAAUGGACGAAACAGGCUGGACCAUUUUAAGAAUUUUGUCACAGCGAAAUAAUGAUGAAGUGGCCAAGGAAUUUGUCAAGCUGAAAUCGGAAAUACGGCAGGAGCCAACCAUGGGCACAUAAAUCGGGCACCUCGUACUACAAAAUCCUCAAAACUCCUACAAUAUUAAAUACAACAUAACAUUGUUUAAUUUGACAAAACAACUUUAUUUGAAUUUAUUUUUUAUAGAGGUUUUUAUUACAAGAAAUCCUAGGCAACAAUGCAAAUAGAAGAAAUCAUAUGAAUAUAAAUAUAUAUCUAAACCUAAAGUAUGAUAAAUAAUAUGUAUGUCUGGUCAGGUAUACAAAAAUAAUACGUUUAUUACGUUAAAAAUGUAUGUUUUAAGCAAUUUUAAAGUGCGCACUCACACUUUCAAAAAAUAUUCUACUAUUUCUGUCUUUUGGCGCUUGUACAUUUGUACAUAAUGCAGGGCAGACACUGAAUUAGUUAUUUUUAAAUUCAUUAUCAUCUGUACAUUCUAAACUCACAACACGCACAUUCCUAUUUAUGUAAAUAAGUACCUGUAUAAUAAUUAAUUGGUAAUUCUUGAAAACAUUUGUUAAAGAUUCUUCACAGAAGUCCAUGUGAAUCUUUAUUUUUUUCUAUUGCAAUAAAAUAAAGUAUAUUACGUAAAUCGUGGAAAUAAUAA